CUGUCGCAUCAACCUACGGCAAACAAGGUUGAAGAAAUGGAAGAUAUCGCGAAGGAAGAAACACUCCAUCUAAGGAAUAAACACGUUGGUGGAGCUUGUAAGCUGUUCUUUGCAUCAGAUCCCCUAAAGAUUGUGCGUGCCAGUGGUCAGUAUAUGUAUGAUGAACAGGACCAGCAGUACCUAGACUGUAUCAACAAUGUAUGUCAUGUUGGACAUUGUCAUCCUGAUGUUGUCGAGGCUGGAUGCAAGCAAAUGAAGGUGCUCAACACAAACUCUCGCUUCCUGCACGACAAUCUUGUUCUUCUGGCUAAACGCCUCACGGAGACCAUGCCUGAUAAACUGUCUGUUGUGUACUUUGUAAACUCAGGGUCAGAGGCAAAUGAUCUGGCUAUUCGACUCGCAAAACAUUACACGCGAGGAACAGAAAUGCUAACUCUUGACCAUGCUUACCAUGGUCAUGUAGUUUCUGCAUUGGAGGUCAGUCCAUACAAGUUACGACAACAGGUUGACAAUUCUCAUCCUCCACCUGACCAUGUACAUUGGCUGUCAUGUCCAGAUGUGUAUAGAGGUAAAUUCCGUGACUGUGACUACCCUGGGCAUGAUAUGGGCCAGGUGUAUGCCAAUGAGGUGAGAGAUGUCAUACACAAGAUCCAAGAAGAUGGGAAGAAUGUUUCUUUCUACAUUGCUGAGUCGAUGCAGAGCUGUGGCGGGCAGAUUAUCCCACCACAGGGCUAUCUUAAGUCUGUCUACAAGUAUGUGAGGGAGGCUGGUGGCAUUUGUAUAGCGGAUGAAGUCCAGGUGGGAUUUGGCAGAGUGGGCAGCCAUUUCUGGGCCUUCCAACUUCAAGAUGUAGAGCCAGAUAUUGUUACACUAGGAAAACCAAUGGGUAAUGGUCACCCAGUGGCUGCUGUGAUCACUACACAAGAGAUAUCAGACAGUUUUAAGAACAGCGGUAUGGAGUACUUUAACACGUAUGGUGGUAAUCCAGUGUCCUGUUCAAUUGCCUUGGCUGUAUUAGAUGUUAUUGAAAAAGAACACCUGAGACAGAAUGCUCUGGACGUUGGUCACUACUGGAGAGAUAAAGUUACAGAGUUGAUGAGCAAGUUUGACAUUAUUGGACAAGUAAGGGGUCAAGGUCUUUUUCUUGGUAUUGAUCUUGUGAAGGACAGGGAAACCAGAGAGCCAGCCACUGAAGAAGCAAAGAAGGUUAUUACGAGGAUGAAGGAGGAACAUAUAUUGUUGAGUACAGAUGGCCCCUACAGUAACGUCAUCAAAACCAAGCCUCCCAUGUGUUUCAGUAAGGAUGAUGUUGACCAUUUUAUGGAGAAGUUUACAAACAUUUUAAUGGAGGUAACCUCACAAGGAAAUGAUACAAAUAUCAACUCUUCACAGGGGAUUAAUAGCUGUUCCCUCACUACUAGUAACAUGGAUGUUAUCAACUUCGAUGAUGGCGACAUUAACAAAAACAUAUGUACUGGCCUACAGGCCAUGAAGGUGCACUAGUCUUUUAUCUACUGCUUAAGUUGUUGGUGCAGCAUGUUGAUAAAGUAACAUACAGUGUCACCUUGUAUGUGACCUUGCUAUGGCUUUUGGUCAGUUACUGAUGAUGUAGUCUGGACAAAGUGCCUCAUAUUUGUGGUUAUGAUCCCAUACUCUCACUUGGCUCCAUGAGCUAUAAAUACUGACUUUGAGAUAUAUCAGUUGUAAUAAUCCCUUAGUCCACCUAGCUCCAUGAGCUAUAAAUGAUGACUUUGAGAUAUAACAGUCGUAAUAAUCCCUUAGUCCACCUAGCUCCAUGAGCUAUAAAUACUGACUUUGAGAUAUAUCAGUUGUAAUAAUCCCACAGUCUCUC